CGCGGAGCCGGGCCGGGCCGGACCUUCCCCCGCGCCCGCCGCAGGGCAUGGGCGCCGCGGCUCCGCGCUGCGCUGCCGCCCCCCGGCCCCAUGAGUCCUCGCCGGAGCAAGUGAGUGCGGGAGGCGUCCGGGCGGGCGCCGGCGGCCCGGCCUCGGGAGGGAGGAUGUGGUGAGAGGAUGGGGCUGUGUCCCGCGGGGGCUCGCCAUGGCCAGGGAGGACUCGGUGAAGUGCCUGCGCUGCCUGCUCUACGCCCUGAACCUGCUCUUCUGGUUGAUGUCCAUCAGCAUAUUAGGUGUUUCUGCUUGGCUGAGAGACUACCUGAAUAAUGUUCUCACUUUAACUGCAGAAACAAGGGUGGAGGAGGCUGUCAUUUUGACUUACUUUCCUGUGGUCCACCCAGUUAUGAUUGCAGUCUGCUGUUUCCUCAUCAUAGUUGGAAUGCUGGGAUACUGUGGAACGGUGAAAAGAAAUCUGUUGCUCCUUGUCUGGUAUUUUGGAAGCUUGCUUGUAAUAUUCUGCGUUGAACUGGCCUGUGGUGUUUGGACCUACGAGCAGGAAAUAAUGGUUCCAGUGCAGUGGUCCGAUAUGAUCACACUGAAAGCCAGGAUGACCAAUUAUGGCCUACCUAGGUACCAGUGGCUGACCCAUGCUUGGAAUUUCUUCCAGAGGGAGUUUAAAUGUUGUGGCGUGGUGUACUUCACAGACUGGCUGGAAAUGACAGAAUUGGACUGGCCACCUGACUCCUGUUGUGUCAGAGAGUUCCCAGGAUGCUCUAAGCAGGCACAUCAUGAGGAUCUCAGUGACCUUUAUCAGGAGGGAUGCGGUAAAAAAAUGUACACAUUCUUAAGGGGGACGAAGCAGUUGCAAGUGCUGAGAUUCCUAGGAAUCUCUAUUGGAGUAAUGCAGAUCCUGGCUAUGAUCCUCACUAUUACCUUGCUGUGGGCUCUGUACUAUGACAGAAGGGAUCCCAGAGCAGAUCAGAUCAUGGCACUGAAGACUGAUACCUCGCAGGAGCUGUCAUGUCAUUCCAUGGAGCUACUGAAACCAAGCCUGACCAGGAUCUUUGAACAUACAUCCAUGGCAAACAGCUUUAAUACACACUUUGAAAUGGAAGAGCUGUAACUGAUGCAAUGAAUUUGUGAAGUCACAGAGGAUUUUUUGGAUUGUUGUUACUUCUCUUCUGUUCCAUCAAAUACACCAGUUUUCUUAUGUGUCAGAAACCAGCUAAUGAAUGGAAGUGAAGGAGACCAACAAAGAAAGAUGAGCCUCUUCCCAACCUCUUAGCCAUGUCCUCAGCUAUGAAAAAGAGUUGAUUUUGUGAUUUAAAUUUAUUGUGAUUUAAAUUUUGUUGAUUUUGAUUUAAAAGGCACUCAUUCAAUUGGGCACAGUAAUACUCAUUGUCACAAGUGUAAAACACUGACUCAGUCACAGAUAGACUGAACCUGUAAGGAAGCAUCAAGGGAAGGGAAGAGAAAUACUCAUCUUCUGAAGAAACAACUGUGCUUUCAGCAAAGAAAAUGUGACUUCAGCUGAAAUUGACUUUUAAUAAGCCAUUUGGAAAAUGUCUUUAUCAGGGAUCUAUGUAUGUAUAAUUGUGUGUUUUCAUGUGUGCAUGGAAAGCAGAGCUACAAUUCAAGUUAAUACUUGGAUUUAAAAAUUUGCAAGAUUUGUAAAAAGGGCGAGAUUUUCUUUUUUCUAACAAACCUUUAUCUUAGUUUUUGUUCUUAAAGAUAUUCUAAAACUUCUAUUUUUAUCUAACAUAAUGGUUUUUUUAGUUUAAAAUAUAUUAAACAGGGAUUGAAAACAAAACUAUUGCUAUGGACAAUAGACUCUAGUUUUCUAGAGAAUUCUUCUUUCAAACAGUUUGUUCUGUGGACUGUUUCUCAGUAAAAAGGAAGAAAACUUCAAACAUUCUUUCCAAAAUGGGAAUCAAUAUGGGAGUAGCACAUUUUUAUAGAUAAAUCUUUUCUCCUGUCAAUGAUUCCCCUGAAGCUAGAAACAAAAGACUGAAAGAAAAAUGCUUACAGUUCUGGAUGCUAUUGCAAUAAUUGUAAAAGUACAUGAGGAAAAAUUUUACUUUGAUGACUGCUUCAUUAAGAGCUCUCUGGUGGCUUAAAAUGCCAGCCAGAAACAGAUUGAAAUGUAUUUAUUGAGGUGGGGAAAGUGCAUUUUACUGUAUUUUUAUGAACAAUGUCUAUGUCAUAGGAUUAUUUUUACAAUUGGCCACGGUCUUGAAAUAUAUAUUUGUUCCACUAAGUAUAGUAGUUUGUGGCAAAUGGGCUUUUUACAUAAUAUUACAUUUAAAAAAAUCGUUCAUUUGUUUUGGAAUUUGUAAGAGAAAAAAGAAAGCAAGGUGUGAUUUGGUAGACAAUAAACUUACUUUUCUCUUAA